CUGAUUUUCCCAUUUUUUUUUAAGCUCAGUAGUUGCCUUAAAAUAUUCAGUGAAGAAACAGAAAAGCAAAGAAGGAAAUGAAAGCUGCAGAAGAGACUCAUGAUAUUGUCAUCAUCGGCGGCGGUAUCUGUGGUCUCGCCACCGCCCUAGCUCUUCACCGGAAGGGCAUUAAAAGCCUGGUUUUGGAGAGGUCUGAUGAACUAAGAACAACUGGAGGUGCCAUCUCUGUAUAUAUGAAUGGCUGGCAUGCGCUUGACCAACUUGGGGUGGGAGAGGAGCUCCGUUCUAAGGCUAUCCUUAUCAAAGAGAUAAAGGAUUCUUGGUUGUUCAAAGAAGAAACAAUUACAACACCAAGCAGGAAAGCAGGGCUUCGAUGCUUAAAAAGGAGUGAUCUUGUUGAAACAUUGGCCGCUACACUCCCAGCUGAAUCAAUUCGCUUUAGUUGCAGAAUUGUAGCAACAGAGAUUGAUCCAGUUACAUCCUUUCCCAUUAUUCAUGCCAGUGAUGGGCUCAUCAUCAAAGCUAAGAUUUUAGUUGGCUGUGAUGGAUCAAACUCAGUUGUGGCAAAAAAAUUAGGCUUGAAGGCCCCAAAGAUAUCCCCAAUAUGUGAGGCGCGAGGUUUCACAAAUUAUCCAAAUGGCCAUAGUUUUGGUGAUCAAUUUCUUCGUCUAUGGGGUCAUAAUUUCUUACUUGGAAGGGCUCCUAUUAAUGACAAGCUAGUUUUCUGGUUUGUGGAUCACAAGUUCAAUCAAAGAGAUAUAGAAGCAAGGGAAGAUCCCAAAUUAAUCAGAGAUUUAACCUCACAACGACUUGAAGGUUCCCCUGAAGAGGUGAUCGACAUGAUUAAAAACUGCGAAAUUAACUCAUUAACACUCACACGAAUCAGAUACCGAGCACCAUGGCACAUUCUAUUUGGUAAAAUGCAGAAAGGAACAACCACCCUUGCAGGAGAUUCAUUUCACGUCAUGGACCCUUCCAUUGGCCAAGGAGGUUCUGCAGCCAUAGAAGAUGCCGUGGUGCUUGCCAGAUGCUUGGCAGGAGAGCUUCAGCAUCAUCAAGUUGCCGACAGUGGCGAACUGAAGAAGAGAGCUGAAGCUGCCAUUGCCAAAUAUGUUAGGGAGAGAAUGCUGAGGAUAAUGAGCUUGUCAACACGAGCAUUUCUUAUUGGUUCUAUGUCUGCAACCUCUUCCUGGAUUAAAAGGGUGAUUUUUUGUGUUCUGUUAGUUUUGCUCUCUGGUAAUAACUCACUUAGCCAUGCCCAGUUUGAUUGUGGUCAUCUCUGAGCUUUUGUGGAAGUAAUUGAUUUCUGACUGAACAUGGAAGCAGUUCUCUCAGGAUGUUCAGAAUGUGUUGUGCAGAUAACUGUUACAAUAUUUGGUUGCUAUCAUGUGAAGCGUAAGGUAGUAUUUUGAAAUAUCUGGAUUUACACUGAGAGCAAUUUUAAUGAACUUCAAUCAGAUUGAUGUUUAA